CGUUUGGCACUGGAGUGCGUUCAAUCAACAACAACUUCUUUUUCUCUUGCCAAAGCUGGCUUUUCUCUUGCCAAAGCUGGCUUUUCUCUUGCCAAAGCUGGCUUUUCUCUUCCCAAAGCCUGUCUUCCACUUGCCGAUACUUCGCCUACUUGCUCAAUGAAGACAGCUGCAGUGUCACUCUAUCAAGAAGAACUUGCCAAGAACAAGGAAAAAUUAAGGAUCACAAACCAGCGGCUCGCAAACGCAAACGUGAAGCUCUCCUGCAUCAAAACACCGGAUCCAGUGAAACGGAGAAUGGAUACUUUUGAUGACGAUGAUGACGAACCAGUAGCCAAACAACUGAAAUUUGGCAUAGAAUUGCCAUCUCCUUUACCAACGCCAAGUCAAGGAGUUGAUGACAUGGAGGACAUGGAGCAAGAGAAAGACUAUUCGCCAAAAACCAACAAUGAUCAUCCCCUUUUUGAUGCUUUGGCUCAACCAACUAGCAGUGAGGUGGCUACUAAAGCCAGUUUGAAGGGAUUGCGUUUAUGUCAUGCCAUCGAAAGUUUGCACACUCUCCAAAAGCUGAAUACUAGGCAAUUGCACAGUUCAAACAUCAGUGAUGACGACGUGAUACCUAAAAAGGAAAAGUCUAAACUUCGAUACUGCCUUGAACUGGCAGACUAUGUAAUCACUGAAGAUCAACGGGCUGAGCUUGCAACAGUGGGAUUGUCAGAGGUUGUUGUAAAACAAUUGGCUUAUGAUAUUGAAUUGUCAUCUUUCAAUAAGUUGUAUGAGUUUGAAGGCUCUGAUAUUGGUACUGCAACAAAAAGCAAAAGACUUGUUAGAGCAACAAAGACAGUGUCAGCGAUGGCAGGAAGGGUGCAUAAGUACAAAACAUUAUUAGCAAAGAACACCACAAGCCAAACGGCUGCCAGAGAGGUUGCGCAGAUUUCACUGAUUGAGCGUCAAGAGUAUCUGACAAGAGUGCAUUCUAACAAGAAUCCAGCAGAUGAAGCAAAGCCCCAGAAAGCAACCUUCUUUUCUUCUUGGAGUGCCAAUAGGAACAAUACAAAAGGUAGAUAG